GGGAGCAGGCAUGUCAGCCGUUCAGGUCGAGUGUGUUGCCAAGGAGGGCAGCCGGAUCGGGGAGUCGCCCGUGUGGGAUGAGAAGGAGAGCGCGCUGCUCUUCGUGGACAUCACGGGUCGGAAGGUGUGCCGCUGGAGCUCGGUCACCAAGCAAGUGCAGGCCAUCUCUGUGGAUGCUCCUGUGAGCUCUGUGGCUCUCCGGAAAUCAGGGGAUUAUGUCAUCACCCUGGGAACCAGGUUUGCUGCUUUGAAAUGGAAAGAGCAGCUGGUAACCACCAUUACUCAAGUCGACAAGGACAAACCAAACAACCGAUUCAAUGAUGGGAAAGUGGAUCCUGCAGGGAGGUAUUUUGCAGGUACGAUGGCUGAGGAGAUUCGACCAGCUGUGCUGGAAAGACACCAGGGGUCUCUGUACACGCUCUUCUCCGACCUCUCAGUAGUGAAACACUUUGAUCAGGUGGACAUUUCUAAUGGGCUGGACUGGUCGCUGGAUCACAAAACCUUCUUUUACAUUGACAGCUUGUCCUACUCAGUAGAUGCCUUUGACUAUGACCUCCAAACUGGAAAAAUUGGCAACCGUAGGAGUAUAUACAGACUGGAAAAAGAGGAAAGCAUUCCUGAUGGGAUGUGUAUUGAUACUGAAGGCAAACUCUGGGUAGCUUGUUACGAUGGUGGGAGAGUGAUUCGUCUUGACCCUGAGACAGGAAAAAGACUCCAAACUGUGAAACUUCCUGUUGACAAGACAACAUCCUGCUGUUUUGGAGGAAAGGAUUAUUCAGAAAUGUAUGUGACUUCUGCCAGUGAUGGGAUGGAUAAAGAGUGGCUUUCACGACAGCCGCAGGCUGGUGGGAUUUUCAAGAUAACAGGGCUGGGGGUGAAAGGAGUCCCACCAUAUCCAUUUGCAGGUUAAAUUUACACUCUUCAGAACGGAACUGAGGGGACUGACUUAACCAAGACAAGUUGGAAGGUCUUGUUCUGGUGUUCAGCAUCUUGUGCUUUGAAACCAUAACACAAUUAUGAUAUCUCAUCAGGGCAGCAUGAAAAACUACUGCAAUACGUGGAAUAUUUUAAAACUGAUCUUUUCCCCCUUAAACACUAUUAUUUUAAACAUUUGAUGGUGCUAUUUCUGUUGUGCUAUGAAGAUUCUCACCCUAAUAAGCUACUGAAUAUUGUAACUUUCUUUGAUGAUUAAAUGAAGUUUUAAUGUA